AUGUGGGCCAUUCACCUACUAUCACUCGCAUCAGGCGCAGCAGCUGUCCAGCAACUCAUCCCACGAUUGUCCUUUGCAGACGUAUGCAUCGGCAAACCUUCCCCAGACAUCAUUGACCCGAAGACGGUCAUCCAUCUACGCGAGUACAUCUGUCCCGCUUUGACAGGCGGUGAGGCCAGGUAUUCCAGCUCAGAUGUGACCUUGGAACCACCGCAUCCGCCACCCUUUGCCUUUCGACCAGCGUCACCUGAAUUUGAGUCGACCAACCACUGCGUCGACCAGUAUUGCGUCUUCCACAACCAAAGGUUCGCUCACGGACGUGGCAUGGUAGCCAUCACCACUGCCCGCAACAUCCAACGCCUCCAGGCUCUUCACAAAAAGUCGCCCCCUGAUCUUAUUCCACAUGUGGAUGAAUACGAUCCCACCCACCUACCAUACCACGAGGCGGCCAUUCCAGGGAAGGGAUUAGGCUUGGUGGCAAACGAGAAGCUUUCCCCAGGAACCACCGUCAUGUCCCUCUACCCUGCCCUCAUUGUCCACCGGACCUUCUUCGACCAAAUCCCUGCUUCGGCCCAAGCCCCGUUGCUCUCCGCGGCCGUUGACCUCCUCCCCGAACCCCUUCGGAAACGCUUCCAAGAACAAAUGGCGCACUUUUCGGGGGAUCAAAUCCACUCCAUCAUCCAGACUAACUCCUUCCAAAUGGACCUCAGCACCAAAGCCCCGGAGGGCGGCCACCACUACGGCAACUGGCCUGAGGUCAGCAGGUUCAACCACGACUGCCGCCCCAAUGUCGUUUUUCAAAUCAACCCGAAAACCCUACAGCACGUCACCACCGUUGUCCGAGAGGUGAAGCCGGACGAGGAACUGACAAUUUCUUAUCUCGAUCAAAUGGACAUGACGGAAAACCGGAAGAUGAGGGCGUUUCAUGCUUGGGGGUUUGACUGCUCUUGUGCUGUUUGUGCGGGGAGCGCGAAGGAGAUUAAAAAGUCGGAUAGGAAUUUGGAGGAGAUCAAAAAGAUUGAGGGGAAACUGAGCGGGUUUACGGAUAAGGUGGAUAGGAAGUUGUUGGAGAGGUUGGUGAGGUUGUAUCAGGAGGAGAGGUUGGAGAGUAAGAUUGCGGGAGGGUUGACGUUGGUGGCGUUGAAUUAUAAUAUGUUGGGGGAUGCGAAGAAUGCGGUCAGGUAUGCCAAGUUGGCGGAGGAGGCGGUGGUGAGGGAGUUUGGGGAGGGGAAUGGGGAUGUGAAGGCUAUGAGGGAGUUGGGGAGGGAUCCGAGGGGGCAUUUUACUUGGAGGGGGAGGGCUGGGAGGUGA